GGCUGGGAAAUCCAGCCAGUGAGGCGAGCCGUAGUGUUUUGAGGAGCCCUCGGACACCGCGUUUGCAGCAGCCACACCACCCAACAAAGUCAUGCCGCCACUGCUGUCCUGAUCCUCCUCCCGGACCCCCGACUCUUUCUCUGGUAGCAAAAGACUCGCAGCGGGCCGUUCAGCAUGGCCUCUCCCUUCAUGUGGAAGCUGUCGUCGCAGAAGCUCGGCUUCUUCCUGGUAAGCUUCGGCUUCAUCUGGGGCAUGAUGCUGCUGCAUUUCACCAUCCAGCAAAGGACCAGCCACGAGAACAGCGCCGUUCUACGGCAGCAGAUCCUGGAUCUGAGUAAGCGCUACAUUAAAGCGCUGGCCGAGGAGAACCAAAGUGUUAUGGACGGUCCUUAUGUGGGAACCAUGACGGCUUAUGACUUGAAGAAGACCCUCGCAGUGCUGCUGGAUAACAUCAUGCUGAGACUUGGCAAGCUCGAGUCAAAGGUGGAGAACAUUUACAACGGCACUGGAGCUAAUCUGACCAAUGGCAGCGGCACGGCCACCCCCAGUGCCUCAAACUCAGAAAAAGUGAAUGUUGCCGACCUCCUAAAUGGAGCCCAGGAGAAGUGCGAGCUGCCGCCUCUGGAUGGUUUUCCUCACUGCGAGGGCAAGCUCAAGUGGAUGAAGGACAUGUGGCGCUCCGACUCCUGCUACUCCAACUAUGGUGUGGAUGGCUCCACCUGCUCCUUCUUCAUUUACCUCAGCGAGGUGGAGAACUGGUGCCCUCGUCUUCCCUGGAGGCUGAAGAUCCUGAAUGAGGAAAUUGACCGGACUGGGCAGGCGGAGGUCCGGACCAGUUUCGGGGGGCUUUACCGCUCCAUGUCCCAACGGGAGGAGUUUCGCUGGAUGAUGAUGAGAAUCAAGCGGAUGGCCGAGCCGUGGCUGAGCGCCAUCCGCUCGCUGGCUGCUAAGCAGAACCUGACCAAGCGGCGGAAGAAGAAGAUCCUGGUUCACCUGGGCCUGCUCACCAAGGAGUCGGGCUUCAAGAUAGCAGAGAACGCCUUCAGCGGCGGUCCGCUGGGGGAGUUGGUCCAGUGGAGCGACCUGAUAACCACGCUGUACCUCCUGGGCCAUGAUGUUCGCAUCUCAGCGUCGCUGGCUGAGCUCAAAGAGAUCAUGCGUAAGGUGAUGGGGAACAAAUCUAGCUGCCCCACCCAGGGUGACAAGAUUGUGGAGCUCAUAUAUAUCGACAUUGUGGGCCUCACCCAGUUUAAGAAGACCUUAGGGCCUUCCUGGGUCCACUACCAGUGCAUGCUGCGCGUGCUGGAUUCCUUUGGUACGGAGCCAGAGUUUAACCACGCCCACUACGCCCAGUCCAAGGGUCACAAGACGCCGUGGGGGAAGUGGAACCUCAACCCACAGCAGUUCAACACCAUGUUCCCUCACACCCCAGACAACAGCUUUUUGGGCUUCGUCGUGGAGCAGCACCUCAACUCCAGCGACAUCAAGCACAUCGACGACAUCAAGAGGCAGAACCAGUCUCUCGUCUACGGCAAAGUCGACAACUUCUGGAAGGACAAGGAGAAGUACCUGGACAUCAUCCACGGCUACAUGGAGGUCCACGGGACGGUGCACGGCACCAGCACCGUCUACCUGCCCAGCUACGUCAAGAACCACGGCAUCCUAAGCGGCCGCGACCUGCAGUUCCUCCUGCGGGAAACCAAGUUGUUUGUGGGUCUGUCCUUCCCCUACGAGGGUCCCGCUCCUUUAGAGGCCAUCGCCAACGGCUGCGCCUUCCUCAACCCCAAAUUCACGCCUCCGAAGAGCAGCAAAAACACGGACUUCUUCAAAGGCAAGCCCACCCUGAGAGAGCUGACCUCUCAGCAUCCGUACGCAGAGGUGUACAUCGGGCAGCCCCACGUCUGGACGGUGGACAUAGAGAACUCUGCCGAGGUGGAGCGCGCCCUCCGCUCCAUCCUCAGCCAGAAGAUCGAGCCCUAUCUGCCCUACGAGUUCACCUGUGAGGGGAUGCUGCAGAGAGUGAACGCGUUCAUCGAGAACCAGGACUUCUGCCAUGGUCAGGUCAUGUGGCCCCCCCUCAGCGCCCUGCAGGUCAAAAUGGCUGAGCCCGGUCAGUCAUGUAAACAGGUGUGUCAGGAGGCGCAGCUCAUUUGUGAACCCUCCUUUUUCCAGCACCUCAACAAGGACAAAGACCUGGAAAGGUUCGGCGUGAACUGCAGGACGGUGGAUUCCAGCGCCGACACGGUGGUCCCGGCCUACAGCGAAUCCCGCCACCACUGCAUCUUCCAGUCGGACCUGCUGCUGUUCAGCUGCGCCGGCGCCCACCAGACGCUGCGGCGCAUCUGCCCCUGCCGCGACUACAUGAAAGGCCAAGUGGCGCUCUGCAAAGACUGCCUAUAGCACCUGCAGGCUGGCGGAGCGAAGUGAGGAGGGGUGGGGAAGAGGAGCGACAGACACAUGGAAGACUUUCUACGGCCGUGUUUGUUCUUCAUAUUUAUUAUUUUCCCCCCAGCUGCAGGAAGGGACCCGCUCCUGUAGCCAACCAGCGCGCCCGUAAACUCUGAUUUACCAGCAGGGGGCGCCGAGACUCCAGGAAACUGGUGGCUUUACUUGAACUAACAAAGGGAGUCGGGUCAGACUUUAAGCCCACAGCUCAUAUCAGUGACUGCCUUUCUGCUCAAGCAGGAAACAGACUCUACCGCCCUCUACUGACCGCCACUCCACAACCUCCGUCCAUUCCUCCUGUUCAAAUCUAACACUGUUCUUCUUUAGGUAGGUUUGCACUGGACUGGAUACACACUUAUACAUGCUGAAGAAGAAGAAGAAGUUUUACACUGUAACCAGCUCAUUCCUCUGCACAAGAGAGAUGAGGGCGUCCUCGGUAAACGUAGAUGUCUAGAUUUUUAUUCUGCAAGUUUUAUCGGUCUCUGAAACACACACACCCCCCCGUCCUCCUGUCCCAGAUUUUAAUGUUCAGAAGUGGAGCAGUCAGCAUUGGUCUUCAUUUUUAUUUGCUUAAGUUGCACAUUUGCAUUAAGGAUGACUGAGUGUGUGAGUGUGUGUGUGUGAGAGAGAGAUUCUGCAAAAGGCCAGUAGAGAAUUGUGAAAGUGUUGCUACGUAUCGUCUGGUCCCUGCCGGGGUGGAGGGUCAUUCUGUGGCUAGCGCUGUGGUGUACAGGGUCGCCGUGUGCUAGACAUGAUGUUGUCACGUCGUAGAUGAUAGAGCGUAGUCAGUGAGGCUAUAACACCGCAGCCUGCAGAGAAACACGAUAACCUUACAGCCGUCCAUCCGUGUCUUCACGUAGACCAGCUGUCUAAACGUGUAGAAAAUGUUUGUCCAGCAAACGGUAAGCAGCAAAAACAUGCCAACUACGCAUUCCUGCAGUGCACAACCUGGUUUUCUUGGAUAAUCAUUAGUAUUUUUAAUUUGCCUGCAGACUAAAAAGUAAAUAAGUUUGUAGUUCUUGUAAUAAAUGAAAAAAAAAAUGCACUAUGGUAUGAGAUUUCUAAAAAAGAUAUUAGUGACACUGUAUAUUGUUCAUAUAAGUUGAAAUUUUCCUUUUUGUAUUUAUUUUGUAUGCAGAUCUUUAUGGCUGUGUUUUGCUGGAAAUCUUUUUAUUUAUAGCAGGGAUGUCUUUAUUCUUUUUUUCUGUUUAACAGUUUUUAUUUAUGGAUGGUAAUUUAAGAAUAAAAUGAUCGUAAAAUGUAUGAUUAAGAUGAGGUUUGUCUGCAACUCUUCAGCUUUUAGAAGCGAUACGAGACUUAAAAAAACACAGUUCAUACCUGUGAAACUUUUAUCACUUAUCUAAACCACAAUCUUUAAUCAACCAACAGAAAGUAGAAAGUGUGGAACGGAAAUGAUUCAUGGUUUCAACAUCGUUUUAGAUCCUGUGGCAACUGAAUGCAAAUCUUUUAGGGUAUCCAUCUACCAAUUUUACUCAUUCUAUGCAAAAUAGCUCAAACUGAGAGCCGGGUCUUACCACAGACUCUCUAUUGACUAGGCCAUUGCAGCUCACGCUGUGUGGACGAUGAACAUCCAGGAUGGUCCUGGAUUUAGUUUGCUGAAUAAAAAGGUCUUUCCUAAAUUUUAUUUGUAAAAACCAAGCGUCAUUUCCCUCCAUAUUCAGUAACAAUCCACUUUGUGUUGGCGUAUAACAAAAUCCCCGUAAAAUAUAUGAAGCCAUUAAUACUGAAGACAAACAUCAGUUACAUUAAGUUUUAGUGUCUUCCUAAUUAUACCAUUACCUGCAGGUACAGAUCAAACAGCAGGGGGCGCUGUUGUCACAGCUUGUAUUUCCUAGACAAAAAGGGGCAAAGCUCUUCUUGUACUAUUUGGAGUCAUUGGUUAAAGACGUGAAUUACCAGCUUCUCUUUUGUCUCAUCGCUGUCUUUAAGAUGGAUAGUAGCAGACAAAUGUGCCUUAUUUUAUUCCAAAAGGAGCAGGAACCUCAAACUGUUCGGGGUGUUUUUCUUUUUACAUGUUUUUGGAGAAACUCGCGCUUCACUUUCUGUGUUUGCUCAAAUUGUUUUUCUUUCGUCGGUGAUCUGCUGCCAAGUUAGUAUUUGGUGUUUUUGUUUUUUUUAUUUUAAAAAACAUAAAUGUGCCUUUUGGUGUUUUCAGUUUGGUUCUGCCUCCUAGUAACCAGAUUACCCAAUUAACAGUGUUGGGAGUAAUUGGAUCAUAGCAGCAGAUGUAGAAUAACGGGCUGCCUUAAACUGAUUAUUCAGAGGUCUACAGCCUUCCCUCAGCUGAGCGCUCUACCCUCGUGGUUUGCUCUUCCUGAGUGAACAGCCGUGAGACAACCCUGUUUUAAAGUUGCAGCCACAAGCCUUAUUUCCUUUUUGUUUUUCAAGCCUCACAAUCUCUGUUUGGCUU